AUGAUUUCGUUUUAUUUAUUAAAAUUAAUUAUAUUACUAACAAUCUUUGACUGUAAUUAUGGACAUUACAUUCAUCGCGAAGACUUUGAUAAUACAACUUUUCGUUUACCUAAACAUAUAAUACCACAAUCAUACGAUUUACAAUUAACAUCAUAUUUAAAUGAAAAACAUAAUGAAAAUCGUAAUUUUACAUUUGAUGGAAAUAUUAAAAUUGUAAUAACAAAUACCAAAGAAGAUAACAAUGAAAUUAUAUUACAUGCAAGAAAAUUAAAAUAUAAUGAUGAUGAUAUAUCAAUAACGAACGUAGAGGGAACAAAAUUAAAAUUUAAAAAAGAUUAUAAUCAAAUCAAUCAAUUUUUAACUUUAACGUUAACAGAUACAAAAUUAAAAGAAAAUAAUGAUUAUAUUAUUAAUAUUAAAUAUCAAGGAGUUAUUAGUAAAUUUUGGGAAGGAUAUUAUCGCAGUCGAUACACCGAUUCAGAUGAUGAUUAUGUUACAGCUACCCAGUUUUCAGCAAAUGCUGCUCGAAAAGCAUUUCCAUGCUUCGACGAGCCUGGUAUUAAAGCAACAUUUAAAUUGACAAUGAAUCAUCACAAAAAUUAUGUGGCUUUAUCAAAUAUGCCAUUUAUUGAAACUCGGCAAGCUGAUGAAGAUAGUGAUCGAAAAAUUACAAUAUUUGAUACCACUAACGUUAAACUAUCAACAUUUUUAAUUGCAUUUGCAUUAAUUAAUUACAAUAUAACUCCAAAAAAUGGUGUGCGCCAAACAAUUUACGUACCAGAAUUUUUACAAAAGUAUACAAAAUUUAGUUUAGAUCACGCACAGAAAAGUUUAGAUUUUAUGGAAAAAUAUACAAAUAUUGAAUAUAAAUUACCCAAAUUAGAUCAUUUAGCCGUGCCUGAAUUUGCUGCGGGUGCAAUGGAAAAUUGGGGAUUGAUUGCAUACAAAACCUCUAAAUUAAUAUACAAUCCAGAGAAAAAUACAGUUGUAUCAAAACAGGAUGUGGCCCGUGUAAUAUCACACGAAAUUUCACAUCAAUGGUUUGGAAAUUUGGUAACACCAGAAUGGUGGGAUUUCAUUUGGUUAAGUGAGGGUUUUGCUACAUACAUGGAAUAUUUUAUUGUUAAUAAGAUUUUUCCAGAAUGGAGAAUGAUGGACCAGUUUGUGGUUAAUGUCCAACAAAAGAUUAUGUUAUAUGAUGUAACAGAUAAGACACACCCUAUUGAUCUUCACGUUGACAAUCCUGACUUUUGGUCCGCUGAUUUAAUUGUAUAUCAAAAAGGUGGUUCAAUAUUACGUAUGAUUAGUUAUAUCAUAGGUGAAGAAAAUUUUAAGAAAGGAUUGCAUACAUAUCUGAAAGAAUUAAGCGAAGAUGUAACAAAUAACGAAAAAUUAUGGAAAUAUUUACAAACUGUAUCUCCAGAAAAUGUUGAUAUAGCUAAAAUUGGUAGUACAUGGAUUAAAAACACUGGAUUUCCUGUAGUCAGUAUUGUUAGAAGAUAUUCUGAAAAUCAAUAUGAAUUAAAACAAAAACCGUUUUUAUUUUUACAAGAAGAUGUCAAAGAGAAAUUAUGGUCAAUUCCAAUCCGUAUUGUGACCAAAUCAAAUCUAGAUUUUACAAAUCUAUCACCAACACAUUUUAUGCAUGAAAAGGAAAUGUCAAUUAGUACAAGUUCAAGGAAUGAAGACGAUAAAGCAGUUGAUCCAAAGAAUUGGUAUAUACUUAAUCCAGAACAAACAGGAUACUAUCGUGUCAACUACGAUUUGGUAAAUUGGCAAUCAAUCACCGAGUUUUUAAAUAGUCCAGAAUAUGACAAAAUUCAACCGGCAACAAGAGCACAGUUAAUUGACGAUUCAUUACAUUUAGCUGAGGCUGGUGAAUUGGGUUUUGAUGUAGCGUUAAGUUUAACAAAAUAUUUAGAAUUGGAAACCGAUCUCAUACCGUGGACUGCAGCUGUCUCAGCAUUGCAAAGGGUCCAUAUCAAUGCAAUGCAAUCAGAUUAUGACACGUAUUAUAAGGUUCAUAUACAAACUAUAUCAGAGGCAAUGUAUAAAAAAUUAAUAAAAAAUUUUGAAGAAACGGAUGAUCAUCUCAUAAAUUUAGGACGAACAAAAAUCUUACUAAACUUAUGUAAUGUGGACAACAAAGAUUGUAUUGAACAUUCAGAAAAUAUCUUGAUUAAUAACAUAUCACAAAAUAAAGAAGCUGAAGAUAUUCCAAUUGAUUUACAAGGUGUUAUUUAUUGUAAUGGUAUUAAAAACGGAAACGAAACAGUAUGGCAAAAAUUAUAUGAGAAGAAAUAUUUAGAUAAUUCGAAUGAAAUUGAACGAAAUAAUGUUGCAUUUGGUUUGGGCUGCUCAUCGGAUCCAAAAAUAUUAGAGAAUUACUUGUCCAUGUUAUUAGAACCUAAAAUAGAGGAAAGUGAUCUUACAGCAGGAUUUGAAGGCAUUGUAACAAAUUUACCAAUAGGUGUUAGCGUUGCACUCGACUUCCUUGAACAAAAUAUUGAUAAAAUUCGAGAAACCUUCCAUGAUACAAGUUUAGUGACAAUAAUGGAAAAAUUCGCUGAGCAUUUGAUAAAACCGGAACAAGUUCAAAGGUUUAAGGACGCAAUUGGCAACUUGGAAUAUCGUGAAUUUCUGAUGGAUAAUGCAAUAAAAAUUGCAGAAAAUAACUUAAAGUGGCAUGAAAAUCAUAAUGAAGAAUUAAAAGAUUGGUUCACUAAAACUGUGAUUAUUCCCACGACUUCAACAGAUAAUCCAGCUGAAUCUACUCCUGGUGAAGCAACGCCAACGACUGCAGACCCAUCAAGUGCUAAAUCUAAUUGUCUAAGUCUUAUGUUUUUACCACUUAGCAUUUUUAUUUUCUUUAUAGGCUCGUUAUUAUAGAUUUAUUAACAAUCAAAAUGAAAAUAACAAUCACAAACAAAGAUUUAAUAAAAC